AUGUCGACUGACAAGAUCACUUUUCUCACCAACUGGCACGCCACCCCGUACCAUGCCCCCCUCUACCUCGCUCAUUCCAAGGGAUACUUCAAGGACGAGGGCCUGAAAGUCGCCAUCCUCGAGCCGAACGACCCCUCCGAUGUGACGGAAAUCAUUGGCAGCGGCAAGGUCGACAUGGGCUUCAAGGCCAUGAUCCACACGCUGGCCGCCAAAGCGCGCAAGUUCCCCGUUACCUCGAUCGGAUCGCUUCUCGACGAGCCGUUCACCGGUGUUGUGUACCUCAAGGACAGCGGCAUUACGUCCGACUUUCGCUCGCUCAAGGGCAAGCGGAUCGGCUAUGUUGGAGAGUUUGGCAAGAUUCAAAUCGACGAGCUCACCAAGUACUACGGCAUGACGGCCGACGACUACACGGCCGUGCGCUGCGGCAUGAACGUCACCAAGGCGAUCAUCCGGGGCGAGAUCGACGCCGGCAUCGGCCUCGAGAACGUGCAGAUGGUCGAGCUGGAGGAGUGGCUGGCGUCGCAGGACCGGCCGCGCGACGACGUGCAGAUGCUGCGCAUCGACCAGCUCGCGGAGCUGGGCUGCUGCUGCUUCUGCUCGAUCCUGUACAUCGCCAACGACAGCUUCCUGUCGGCGAACCGCGAGAAAGUGCAGAAGUUCCUGCGCGCCGUCAAGCGCGCGACCGACUACGUGCUCGCGGAGCCGCAGAAGGCGUACGAGGAGUACGUCGACGUCAAGCCCGCCAUGGGCACGUCUGUCAACCGCAAGAUCUUCGAGCGCUCCUUCGCCUACUUCAGCCGCGACUUGAAGAACGUUCGCCGCGACUGGGACAAGGUCACCAACUACGGCAAGCGUCUCGGUAUCCUGGACGAGGGCUUCGUCCCCAACUACACCAACGAGUACCUGACCUGGCAGCUCGACGCCGAGUCGACCGACCCGCUGGGCGACCAGAAGCGCAUGGCGGAGCUGCAGAAGCAGGUCGCGAAGGAGGGAGGCUUCCGGCGGUUGCAGGUUGCUACUGAGGCGUGA